AUGUGUGAGAAGUCGUCGCGUCUCCCCUCGCCGCGCCUCCUGUCCCAUCCUCACGCCUCCCCUCGUUUCCGGGAGCCUCCCCACGUCGCGCCUCCGCUCGCCUCGCCGCGCCUCUGCAGGCCGCGCCGCGCCUCCGCUCGUUGCACCGCGCCUCCGCUCACCUCGCCGCGCCUCUGCUCGUCUCGCCACGCCUCCGCAGGCCGCGCCGCGCCUGCGCUCGCUGCACCGCGCCUCCGCUCACCUCGCCGCGGCGCCUCCCCUGCCAUCAGCGCGCCAGCACCCUCGUCGCACUGCCCCUCCUCGCGCCUCCACUCCCGCUGCCCUUCUCCCACCUGCCCAUCCCUUGCCCGUGCCUCCCUGCCCUUCCAUUCACCUCACCCUGAUUUCCCUAAUUUUAACACCCUGCUUCCCCUCCUUCCCCUCAUUUACCCCGCUGCUUCCCCUCGUUUCCCCCUCUUCUCUCAUCGGUUCCCCGCGUGCUUCCCCUCAUUCUCCCCCCUCCUUCAACUCAUUUCCCCCGCUGCUUCCCCUCAUUUCCCCCGCUGCUUCCCCUCACUUCCCUCCCUGCUUCUCCUGAUUUUCAUCCUUGCUUCCCCUCAUCCCUGCUUCUCCUCAUUUCAUCUCUGCUUCCCCUCAUCCCUGCUUCCCUUCAUCCCUGCUUCCCCUCAUCCCUGCUUCUCCUCGUUUCAUCCCUGCUUUUCCUCAUCCUUGCUUCCCCUCAUCCCUGCUUCUCCUCAUUUCAUCCCUGCUUCCCCUCAUCCCUGCUUCUCCUCAUUUCAUCCCUGCUUCCCCUCAUCCCUGCUUCUCCUCAUUUCAUCUCUGCUUCCCCUCAUCCCUGCUUCCCCUCAUCCCUGCUUCUCCUCAUUUCAUCUCUGCUUCCCCUCAUCCCUGCUUCUCCUCAUUUCAUCUCUGCUUCCCCUCAUCCCUGCUUCCCCUCAUCCCUGCUUCUCCUCAUUUCAUCCCUGCUUCCCCUCAUCCCUGCUUCCCCUCAUUUCCCUCCCUGCUUCACCUCAUUUCUCUCCCUCAUUUCCUCAUUUCCCCCUUUGCUUCCUUCUUCCACUCAUUUACCCCGCUGCUUCGUUUCCCCAUCUGCUCUCAUCGAUUUCCCCCUCUGUUUCCCCUCGUUUCCCCCUCUUCUUCCCCUCGUUUAUCUUCCUAUAUCUAGCUUUCCCUCUCCCCCUCUUCCUAUCUCCCCUCUUCCCUAUCCUCCCUCUUCUUACAGUACUUCUUUCUUAUCUCACCCCUGCUUCCCUCUACCCCCUCUUCCCUAUCUCCCCUAUCUCCCCAGUUUUGCCUUUUUUCUUGUUCCCCCUCCCCAUCUCGUAUUCCCUCCCUCUCCCUGGCUAUUGCAGCGACUACACUGACGAUUCUUCUGGUACUGCAACUCGCCUCAGUCCAUCAUCCCAUGCCAUGCUCGGAACAACGGCAAGGGGAUACAAGGAAGCGCACAUGAUGAAAGCAUGUGUGGUGAGGAGUGAGGGGGAAGGGGAGGGCAUGAAAAGGAAGGGAAGGGUUGAGAAGGGAAGGGUUGAGAAGGGAAGGGUUGAGAAGGGAUGGGGAAGGGAAAGGCAAUACAGGAAAGGCAUGGAUGGGGAGGGCAGGUGGGAACAGGGCAGAGGGUGGGGUAGCAGGGAAGGGGAUGGGGGGGAUGCAGGGAAGGGGAUGGGGGGAAGCAGGGAAGGCGAUGGGGGGAAGCAGGGAAGGGGAUGGGGGGAAGCAGGGAAGGGGAUGGGGGGAAGCAGGGAAGGGGAUGGGGGGAAGCAGGGAAGGGGAUGGGGGGAAGCAGGGAAGGGGAUGGGGGGAAGAAGGGAAGGGGAUGGGGGGAAGCAGGGAAGGGGAUGGGGGGAAGCAGGGAAGGGGAUGGGGGGAAGCAGGGAAGGGGAUGGGUGGAAGCAGGGAAGGGGAUGGGGGGAAGCAGGGAAGGGGAUGGGGGGAUGCAGGGAAGGGGAUGGGGGGAAGCAGGGAAGGGGAUGGGGGGAAGCAGGGAAGGGGAUGUGGAGAAGCAGGGAAGGGGAUGGGGGGAAGCAGGGAAGGCGAUGGGUGGAAGCAGGGAAGGGGAUGGGGGGAAGCAGGGAAGGGGAUGGGGGGAAGCAGGGAAGGGGAUGGGGGGAAGUAGGGAAGGGGAUGGGUGGAAGCAGGGAAGGGGAUGGGGGGAAGCAGGGAAGGCGAUGGGUGGAAGCAGGGAAGGGGAUGGGGGGAAGCAGGGAAGGGGAUGGGGGGAAGCAGGGAAGGGGAUGGGGAGAAGCAGGGAAGGGGAUGGGGGGAAGCAGGGAAGGCGGUGGGUGGAAGCAGGGAAGGGGAUGGGGGGAAGCAGGGAAGGGGAUAGGGGGAAGCAGGGAAGGGGAUGGGUGGAAGCAGGGAAGGGGAUGGGGGGAAGCAGGGAAGGGGAUGGGGGGAAUGGAUAGAGCUGGGGGGAGGAUGGUGGGGAGCAGAGAGGGGUUCAAAACGCUGUCCGAUUGGGGUGGCGGAGGCGACAACGGGAGGCGAGGGCUUAGAGGAGCAACUGGGGCAACGAGUUGCUGCGCGUGA